AUGUGGCAAGAAUUAGGUUACGAUGAAGCAAUAUAUCACAGAACAUGCUUUAAUAUUUUUUGUUUAGAGGCAAUAGCAAAACUUCAGACAUUUUGCUAUAUUAACAUUAAAAAUGAAUUAAACUUCUACGAUGAAGAAUUGUUGGAGUGUGAUCUUAGAGAUAAUAUAAAUGGAUUAACAAUUAAUUCUAGUCAAUUAGAAUUCGAACAAUCUGAUGAAUUAUUUAAUUCUUUUAAACCUAUUUCUGGAUCUUAUAAUAAUAAUAUGCAAUCAAAUGAUAUGGAUAAUACUAAUUUGUUAAUUAAGGAAAUAAUUGACCUUACAAAUCCAGCUUUC